ACUGUCACACAGAGAGCUGUGUUUAUGAGCAGGAAACUGAGCUGUCGGACAGUGUGCGCGGAGCGUGAAGGCGUCCUGAGCUCUCCCCUCCUCCACCCUCCGCCUCGUUCAGAGCUCCUCGGACACACCGCCGACAAGCGCACGUCUGCUGCCCACCGAGGACCACCGUUUUCAUCCUUAACGGCGCACAUUUAACCGCUGCCGUGCGGCUGUCGUGUACACCGAGUUAAAAUGGAUCCACCGAAUCAAUCCGGGCUGAUUUCGUCGUCGCAGGGGGUCGCCGAUGGACAAAAUUCUGCUGCCAGAGAAUCAAAGCUAUCCGAUUCCUUUCUUUCUUCUUCGCCUGUAUCUCUCAUUCAGUCUCCUCAAGACAAAAGGGUGGUCCUUGGCUUGGACCACCCCUCUGAAGGUAUUGCCACUUCUCUACGCUUUCCUUCUCAAUCCGGCUCUUUCUCACCUGGUCGUUAUGGAAGUGAAGCGGGGCUUCCAGAGGGACAACCAGAUUCACCGAUUAAGAUGUCUCCAGUAUCUGAACGGAUAAAAGCUCUGGAAGCACUUGCUGCUAAGGAGAAGGUGACCAAUUUUAGAAGCGAUGGAGGGUUCUCCCACUUCAGAGACCGUCGUUCUGAAAAGUCUCCCACUGAAAAGGUUCCCCAAACCUUCCAAAAGAAAGGAGCUUCGGCUGAGCAAGAGUCACCAGAGUCCCCCUUUGAAGUACUUGGAGAUUUUAAACAACUGAAUGAAAUGGAAGAAACAGAAGAGUGGAUGAAGGCUCAUGUACCACCAGUGCCAAACCUCAAGGCAGAUUUAGGUAAAGGUGUUCCACCUUCUGAAGAUGUUUCUUCAAAGGAGGUGAAGGAGGCUGAAAUAGUUGUACCUGCUGCGCCAGUGUGCUUUGUUGGCAUCCCUGAUCCUUUCAUGGAUUCUGUUGAAGUUGCAAAUGUAAAAGAGUUGAGUAAUCCACUGCAGCAGCCAAGUGUAGAUGAAGAGUCUGAGUUUGACCUUAGGUUCUUACCAACCGCCUAUAUGUGGGAUCAUCAGGAAAAAACAGGUGCCAAGACCGCUUCGGUCCAUGAGUCUAUAUUACCAGCUACACCGGCACCUCCUGUGGAAUUGGGUUCCGAAUCACCUCCAUGCUCACCACCACCAUUUGAUACCAAUGCAAAACCAAGUGAUUUGGACAUGAAGGAGACAACUUGGCCUGAAGACCUGGAGCCACCAGAGGUGACUGAAGUGGACAGCUCGGGCGAUUCAGAUGAUACGGUUAUUGAAGAUGGUAUUCCAAGUUCUGUUGACCCUCCAGCUUUUGCCCCAACAGAUUCAAUUUAUGCCACUAUGACCAAUGCUCCCAGUGUCUCCAAUGAUGAGAAGAAAACCCCACCGGCAAAGUCAGAGAGGAAGUUAAUGCAGGUUCCAACAAUCAAUGUCAUUGAAACUGAUGAACCAAAUUACAGUGAUGAUGAGAUGGAGCUUCAGGCAGAAGAUGAUGAUUAUGAGGUUGUAAACAACCAGGACAAAGAGUCUUCGAAAACACCUCAACCAGAGCCAGACAACAUGACAACACAGCCACCAAAGAGCCACCCCUUAGAAACUGAGUUCAUGGAAGGCUACUCUCCUCCAUCCUCACCCGUGGGCUCAGAUGUUGAAUAUUCUCCCAAACGCAAACUACCGAAAGCAGAUCCUGAAGCAGAGGAAGAAGUUUUGUUGAAAAAUGAUGACCUGUCCAAUACCGGGGCACCAGAAGAUGACUCAAGAGCUAAUUUAUCUCAAGAACAGCCAAAGGAAACACAGGUCACUUCCAGUCGAUCGAGGGAUGAAUCCCCUCCUUUCACUGUCACAAAUGAAGAUGUGCUGUUCCCAGACAACGGUGAUGAGUGGUCGGAUGAAGUCCGCGAUAUCACAGGUCUGCCUUGCAAGACUGAUCUUGGGUCUAAGGAUACGGCCCCCGACACCCAAACUAACGUGGAUGAAAACCUCUACAUGGCUGAUAAAGAGGCUCAUUUUGAGACCGUUUCUCUUUGUAAAUCCCCCUUCUUGCAAGAUGAUGUAUAUGAUAGACAAUCAUUUGAUUACGAUUAUGAUGAGGAUACUUCCCCUAACUUGGAUGGUGACGAAGGCAAAGAGCUAAGCGGGGCCCAGGAGGGGAUUCUUCCUGAUUCAUCUCAGAUCAGUUUUAGUUCCAAAAACAUUGCACAUGAUGAAACUCAAAAUCUGGAUGAUGAGAAAACCUUUGAGCUAUCUUCAAGAGAAUAUCCACAAGACCCAUAUUCCUCAUUCCAGGGUGAGCUAUUAAACAGCACUGAAGAGCCCAUUCUCAGUAAGACAAGAAAUGACACUGAGAACAGCGAACCUCCCACAGAACAGAAAGCCGUCCCAGAUAUCGAGCAGGAUGGCAAAACAGGUCACAGUGUACCUGAAGCAACAGACAACCCAGAAACCAUCGAGCCUGACGUCUCCGAGUCUAGGCCAAUUGACAGCUUUGUGGAGUUCAUGCAGGAGUGCCUGAAAUCCAGACUAGUUGAUGAUCCUGAUAAUGUUGCCUCCAAAGAAGUUUUCAAAACUGAAUCGCCUCCCCCUCAGUCCCCUCCCACCACCGUGAUGGAUCUGGAGCAAGAACAGCUUACGAUCAGUGCUCUCAAAGAGCUGGGCAGCAGCGAGGAGGAGGAUGAGGGUUUGGUUCUCCACCCAGAGGUUUCUGGCCAGGAUGACUUUGGGCCAGAUACUGCGUCUGCAAACCAUUCCUCCCAUGCUCCAGUUCCUAACCCUUCAUCUCUCCAAACCGGUCUUGCUUUCGACAGCAUGUGCUCCAAAGAAGUUGACGCAAUCAAUGACUGGGUGGCUGAAGUGUAUCGUCUUGCCGAGCAUGUCUUGACGGCUGUACUAACCCACGUAUCAGUCAAGGAUCUGAUCCACUGGCGGGACCCCAAGAAGUCGGGCUUGGUGUUUGGGCUGUCCAUGCUGAUGCUGCUGUCGCUGGCAGCCUUUAGCAUCAUCAGCGUGGUUUCCUACCUGCUGCUGGCCCUGCUCUGCGUCACCAUCACCUUCCGCAUCUACAAGUCCGUGGUCCAGGCUGUGCAGAAGUCCAAUGAGGGGCAUCCCUUCAAGGCGCUCAUAGAUAAGGAUGUCAGCGUUGCCCCGGAGACCUUCCACAAGCACGUGGACGCCAGUCUGACCCACAUCAACCGAGCCCUGAAGCAUCUGAGCCGCCUCUUCCUGGUCGAGGACCUUGUGGACUCCCUGAAGCUGGCUGUGGUCUUGUGGCUGUUUACGUAUGUCGGCGCCGUCUUCAAUGGAAUCACCAUUCUCAUUCUGGCUGACAUCCUCCUCUUUGCCGUGCCUCCUAUCUACGAGAAGAACAAGACUCAGAUCGAUCACUACAUUAACCUGGUGCGUACUCAAGUCAACAACACUGUUGCCAAGUUGCAAGAGAAGCUUCCUGGAGCUGUGAAACGUAGCAAAACCGAAUGAUGAAUUCCAUCAAAGAGAAUCCUCGAUGUCACAGUCAUCCUCAUCAAACCCCUCCCCUGCUAACUCCUCCCCCAGUCUAACUCCUCCCCCUGCUCCGCCUUCCAGCCGCCACCACACUGAACUUUGCUAGAUAGGGAAAAAAAAAAACUCUGAGCUACUCAAUAUUCAAUGUACAACUACUGCGCAGCUUAAAGUACAAGCAUUAGAAAUGAGCUUCCUGUGCAGACAGGAAGCUCUUCGUUUUGGCAAUGUGACGCCACAGCGGCCCGCCUGUCUGUGGGCGUGGCAUAGGGAAAAGGAGACAGGGUUGAGUGAGCUAGACUGAAUCUAUGACCUGGUUUUGUCAUUCACAGCGAGCAGGAAGUGGAUGAUAAAUGUCUGUAUUUUAAACCAGGAAAUUUCUCUGAAGACACUGAAGAAAAAAACAAGGACAAAAUCUUUGCAGUAGCUCACUUUGUCCUGCUCUCUUGCUCCAUGGCAGUUGUCUGAAUUUUUAGAAGCUGUGACCUGAUUGGCCUUUUUUUUUUGUUUUGUUUUGUUUUUAUUUAUAAUGUAAUUUUCUGCCAUGCACUGAACUUUUAUUUUGAAAAGCCGUGAGCAGCGUGUGAUUACUGAGCCAGCGGUGAUAAUUUGGUCUAGUUCACCCCGUUUUGAUCAAAUAGUUUGUUUUGUAAAUACACCUAAAAACAAAUGAGCUCUGCUGUAUUUCAGCGACUUAGCCUCGCUUUUUAUAUGGACGUUCCCUCACGUACAGCGGGCGUUAACACAUUUUGUCGUACCUGUUUAAGCCACAGAGUGUUGAAGUCUCACAUUUAUGUGUAAAUUUUUAUUCUUCUUCAGUACUUGUCGUCGUGGAGUUUAAUUAUAGGGCACACGCUUUGACUUCCUGCUAGCUUGCUAACAGUGUCCUAAGGCUUAAGAGUAUUUUGUUUUUUUUAGAGUGCAUAUAAAUAAAUUCCCGAUUGUGCGUCGGGUUGACUUAUUUCCUGAUUGGUCGUCCUCUCAGCUGAAUGCGUUUUGUGGAGGUUUGCGGGUGUCGCAGAAUAAAGAACGCGUGCAAAAAAGAAAAAGCUCUAAAAUAGACAUUUUUCAAUUUAAGGAUUUUAUUUGCAUAAAACAUAAUUUGAUUUUUGUACUUAGAAUUUUUGAUCAGCUCAACUCAGAAUUUCUAGUUCGAGGAACACAAAAGUAAUUAGUUGUAGAAGAAGGUUGUGUAGUUUAUAAUUUAGGCCCCGCCCCCACCAGUUAGCUGUUGAGUAGGUUCAUUGAACUUGUAACUGAGUUGAGCUGAACCAGAAUUUUGUUUUGGUCAAACAAUAAAAUGCAGUUUGACCAAAUUUUUAAUUGAAAUUGACAAAAAAAAAAAAAAAAAUACGUUGAGGAAAUUCCAAGUUUUAAUUUAAAAAAAAAUUUUUAGGUUUGGCUUUUUCUAUUUUGCAGUGCAGAGUGCGUUUGGACUUUUAUUCUGGAGGUCCGUCUGAUCCUUUGUCUUUAGUGACGGCCGUGAAACUGGACAUGCAGAUUUGUUGAAUAUGAUUAUGGUUUUGUUUUGGACUCUCUGUGUUAGCGCUACUGCUACGUUGCAAUGGAAGCGACUGACACGCCGGGUACGUUAGCGGUUCUGUUCCCGAGUGCUGAUUGGUGGCCAGCGAUGGAGGAGUUCAUCAGCGUUGGACACAGUAAUGACUCGUGCUUUGACUUUGCUGACGUCUGCCUGCUGAAUGUUUGAUCCGCCCCCUCCUCCCCCUGCGUCGUGGAACAUUCCUCCCCGUGCAUGUUAACAUCUCUCACCAUGAUCACCGUCUGCUCGCUCGCCUCACCAAUGUCUCCACGAUGUCUUCACAGUUAAAGCCAAAAUAUGCAAUGCUUCACGCUCGCCUCCAGCCCGAACAAAUCCGCCAUGCAAUCUCGAUGAAUUAGCCUGAAGAGAGCUGCUGCUUUAACGCCUCACCAGCUGAAGCCCCGCCUUCUUUGCUGUCUGCAAAUCACUUCUGUCAAAAGCAGGAAACAUCUGAAACGGGUUCCUGGACUUUUAGGUCAAUAUUCUACAAAAAAAAAAAAAAAAAACUAUCUAGUGAGUGUUAGAACAGUGCGACUCGUGGGAAAUCCAGCCUCGAUGAGAAGUGUGCCACCUGUUUGUUUUACAACAUCACAUCAAAGCUUCUUUAUGAAGGUGUUCUUUAAUGCCUUGUUCUUAAAUAUGGGUUUGUUUGAUUGCUGAGCGAUAUUCAUUAACUAGGUUUUUCCCCACACACACACACAUACACACACACUUGAACUACAUGUGGCCUGUCUCCAUUUAACUAAUUACGACUAAAGCACAGCGAUUUUUGGGGGG